CUCACUUCUCGUACAUUUACCUUUCCUAUCUCCUCUGGCACGCCUUCCUAAUUUUGGACGUUUCGUUCAUUCGUUCCUCCCUUGUUUUCACGUUUCAUUCCUAUAUUUAAUGUACCAAUUAGCCAUUUGCAUUCUUACGAAUGCAGCGAUACUUCGUGGGAUAAUUAUUUCCAAAGUUACUAAAUUCAGCUGGACGAGUACAGAUUUUCUAGCGAGGGAUGAUAAGGCCAUUAUUUCUGAAUGAAGGAAAGAGAAACUCGCGAUAAAAUACAAUUACUUAAUCAUCGUGAUUGUACUCAAAGUGAGUCCAAGGUGAAAUCAUCGGCUUGAUAUAGAUUAACGGGCAUUCGUUUCGUAACUUUUACUAGCAAACUACGCGACAAUCAUCUGGAUCGGCGAUUAAUCAGAUCGUUGUACGAUCGUACUGUUGUAGUUAAGUCGGUCGUUUAAAAGUCGUAAAGCACGAGUUGUUGAUUAAUGUUUCACGUUGCUGAAACGUUCUAAAAGAAAAGCAUUCAACUUUCGACUGUUGCUCUUUUAAGAUGAUCCAAUGUAUAUCUGGAUAAAUUUUUCAUCAUUAUAUAAAUUUGGAAAAACCCAAAUAGAUAUUUUCUUUUCUGAUAAGGAUCUUCGAGAUCCAUUAGACAGUAGAGGAAGGUCCUCAACUUUAGGUUUAAAACUCAAGAAAUUUCAGUCGUUUCUGACUUCAAAGUUAAAUAACUCGCUAUUAGUGAUUUAGUUGUAUUAUCUGAACGAAAGUGAAUCCUUCAUGAUUAUGAUUAAUCGUCCAGAAGAAAAAAAAAGUGCGGCUUAAUCCCACACUUUUGCUCUGAAAUCACGAACAAGUAUCAAGCAUUUACUUCUUGAAAGAUCGACUGAGUCGAUCGAUCGAUCAAUCAGGGGCCAUACGUAUUCUUGAUAAAAUAAUUGCAUGCUGGUAAUUGUGUCCCUUGUUAAAUCACUUGUACGAGUUUGUUAUCUCGUCUUAUCUAAGCGAAAUAAACGACCAAGUCGUUACUUUCCUGAGUGUGUGGUUAUAAGUCUAUUUGUUUCACGAAGCGUUGUCACUCACAAUGCCACUGCGUGGCAAUCGUAGCUGUUGAUAAGAGGAAACAAGAUUUACCAGCAUCGAAGGUUCAGUCUGAAUUCGAUCAACAUUUCAUUGGUAUUGUGGAAAGUUUCUCGCCGCGAUUUUGACAUUUUCUUCUGUGUUCAAAAUUUCAAGGGAAAGUAAAUGUAGUAGAUCUGAAGGUAGCCAAGAGGGCUAGGUAGCCAAUUGACGAAGAAUUUGUGAAAACGAAUGAGAGGCUUACGACCCUGAGUGAUUAAGCAUUCUCUGUAGAAAUGGCCUCUCUUUUAGCCACGUUCUCGGUCCUUAAAGACCAUGUCAAGUUGAAGGUUACGCAGGAUACGAUAGCCAUUGAUAACAUGGGCGAAACACUUGAACGCAUCGGCGGUGGAGUCGGGCGAAAUUCCGCAUCCUGGUGUGGGACCAGCAUCCUCAGGAGACCCCGUGGUGCAUCAUGCCUACUACCAGUGGGUGCCUUUCGUUCUGUUUUUUCAGGCGAUCCUUUUUUACGCGCCACACUACCUGUGGCGGAAUGUUGAAGGAGGUCGGUUGAAAGCGUUGGUAUCUGGAUUACAAAUGGCGUCGUUAGCCAUCCACGAGACACCUUUGAAGACCGAGAACGGUAUGACUAUCCCGUCGAAGGAUGAUCGCAACGAGAAAAUAAUUCAGAUGCGACAUGCUUUCCUGAACCGUAUCCACUUGAAUCGGCCGUGGGCGUAUUACCUGGGCCUCUGCGAGGUUCUCAACUUCAUCAACGUGCUCGUGCAAAUUUAUUUCACCGAUUGGUUCCUCGGCGGUGCUUUCCUGGGCCUUGGCCAAGCAGUCGCGCAUGAUGGCCUCGAUGGGAGAGUCGACGCGCUCGAUGUCGUUUUCCCCAAAGUAACCAAAUGCAUCUUCCACAAAUACGGUCCAUCAGGAUCCAUACAGAAUCACGACGCGCUAUGUGUCAUGGCGUUGAAUGUCGUUAACGAGAAGAUUUAUAUAUUUCUGAGUGAACGCUUCAACAAAGUGGUCUUCUCGAUGGCUUGUCCUGGGAAAUAUAAUCCGUGGGACGUAUUGACGGUCACCAAUGAAUGUCACUACGGAGAUUGGGUGUUUCUUUAUUACAUAGCAAAGAACUCAGAUAACUAUGUGUUCAAGGAAUUGUUGCAGAAACUUGCUGAGGAUCUACGUCUUGUCAGUCUCUCGAACGAGGAGAAACCGUUAAACCAUUAA